AAAGUUCGUAAAAAGUAAAUUUAUUGUUGUUUGCAAAAGUUGUACAUUAUUUAAAAGGAUAAGUGUCUUCACCAGCUACUGUAUCAUCUAAAGGUUAAUAGCUGAUUGUUAAAUUCAUGUUAUAGCUUGAAUUUAUAUCUAACUAGAUAUUGCGAGUGUGAAAGUUUAAAAAAAAAAGUAUUGAUUCCGUGAAGCAAUUCCAACAUGUUUUGAAAAACGAAGAAAGCAAACCAAAAUAUUUAAUGCUGGAAUGUUACCCUUGGUGUGGCUAGACUAUAAUACAUGAUAUGUGAUGAACAAGUACGAAAUAUUAGGAGUCGUAGGCGAAGGAGCCUACGGAGUGGUACUGAAAUGUCGUCACAAGGAGUCAGGUGAAAUGGUGGCAGUGAAGAAAUUUAAAGACAGCGAAGAUAAUGAUGAUGUAAAGAGAACUACAGAAAGGGAACUGAACAUGCUGAGAACCCUGAAACAAGAAAAUAUUGUAGAAUUAAGAGAGGCCUUCAGAAGGAGGGGCAAACUAUAUCUUGUGUUUGAAUAUGUAGAAAGGAAUAUGUUAGAACUUCUAGAAGACAUGCCAAAUGGUGUACCUGCUGAAAAAGUGAAAACUUACACAUACCAGUUGUGUAAAGCCAUACAGUGGUGCCAUACUCAAGAUAUUAUACAUCGAGAUAUAAAACCAGAGAAUCUUCUGAUUAGUAAAAACGAUACACUUAAACUGUGUGAUUUUGGUUUUGCACGUAGUAUAAAUGCAGGACUAGUUGGUGUGUAUACAGAUUAUGUUGCCACACGAUGGUAUAGAUCUCCAGAACUAUUACUUGGUGCUGCUUAUGGUAAACCUGUUGAUAUAUGGUCCAUAGGUUGUAUAUUGGGAGAACUCAGUGAUGGACAACCUCUUUUUCCAGGAGAGAGUGAAAUUGACCAGUUAUAUGUUAUACAGAAAAUCAUGGGACAGUUGCCCCCAGAUCAAAUGAAAAUGUUCUACACAAAUCCUCGAUUUUCUGGUCUUAAGUUUCCCUCCGUUGUCAGGCCACAGACGAUACAGAAACGUUACCAAGGAAUACUCAGUGGUGUCCUGAUAGACUUUAUGGAGAAUACAUUAAAACUGGAACCUGGAGAUAGAUAUACUAUUGACGACUGCCUUCAACAUCCUGCCUUCCGUACUCAACAACUUCUCAAUCGUAAUCAACACAUUACCAUUAAACGUUUAAACAAUCAUAGUGCUAGCAAAAAACGCAAAAGUGACUUGACUGACCAAGUCAACAGUGAAAAUUUGAAAAAUUUAAGUAUGACCCGACCUGGAACUGGACCAAAAAUGACUGAGGACCUGAACAAUCGACAGGAGGAGAGAAUGGACAAUCGACAGGAGGAGAGAAUGGACACUGAGGAAGAUAGUUAUACUCCUACACCGGCACAAAGUAAAUAUAUCAAACAGGCGAAAAAUGUGUCCAACGCUGAUAAACAAAAUGGUGAACCCAAAGUCAGAAUUGAUAUAGAAAUGAUGGAAAAAGACGAUAAACGCAAAAACUCUGCUAAACAGAAAGGAAUUACAUUUGCUAGUCAAUCAGAAAAUAUAAAUGGAGAAAUGGAACAGGAAAAAAUGUUUAACAUUGAAAAGUCUGUUGUAGUGCAAAAUGGGAGAGCUUCUCCUCCGGCUAAAUCAAUAAUACCACGGACACCUAAAGAUAAGAAAUUUACAAUAGAAAAUGUUGAUUCUAAAGCCAAUGUGGAUAAGUUUGAAACAGAAAAGAUGUAUCAGGUGGAUAGGACGAAUUCUGAAUUCAAAUACUUUAACAAUGUGUCUUUAGAAUCACGGACGGACGUUAGUGAAGACGAGACAAUGUCUAAAGACAGCAGUAGUACACCAACAACCGAAGAAUUAGACAUUUCAUUUACAGAAUCUAAAUACCUCAAGAAAAAGACUUCUCCAGAUUUAGAUUUUAGAAUAUAUAAACCUAAAGACAGUACUCCCCCCGAUCAGCCUCCCCCGACGCCUAGAGAUGGCAGAUCUAAUAAUACUUACAUAUCUACAAACAAACCCUCCACUUAUACCGUUAAUGUUCAAGCUCCUAAUACUCUGGUAGACAAACAUGGCAGUCCUCAGCAGGAAAGAAAAAAAUUCUUAGACAAAGCUAUGCAAGAAGAACUCCAAAGAAUAAAGUCAAGUACAUUAGGUCGUAAGAAGGAGAAACCACACCAGGGAUCCUUUAUACAGACAAUUACAGACAGAUUAUCUGAUGCUAAACUACAGAACCAAGACACCAACAUACAACAGUCCAAGUAUAGAGAGAGUAGCUUUAUAAACUAUGGAGGAAAUGGGAUGCAGGUCAACAAACGUAGCAGGAACCAGUACUAUGACGACAACCUUCAGCAAGCUCGUGAAAUUCUUAUAAUGAAAAAUGUUCAGAAUAUCCAGACAGCUCGAGGUACACAGCCUGCAGUGUCUAUAAAACAAAUCCAGCCUCCUGCUCUUAACAGAUCUAAAACACUAGAUAUUGGUUUCCACCGAGAACCAACCAAUCAGGCAGUUCAAGCUAGAGCACAUACCAAGUACAUGAACCUGAACCCUGAACCAGUGACAUCACAGACUACCUAUAAUAAUAGACCGUAUGGGCAAGAGACUUCAUGGCGACCUAUUGAGAACACAGAACUACAGUCAGGUUCUGUCAUGCAUCAACUCGCAAAGAAAAAAAAGAAAAAGAAAUUUUUACAGAUACUAGCCAAUGAUAACAUGGGAAGAGUAACUCCAACCAGUCGCUUUAAUCCGUCACGGACAACAAGUCGGAUAGAUUUUGAGCAGAUGGAUGAGGAUUCAUGUGAGGCUCAGAUAUCUGCCAGAGAACCUCUACAAAAUAGAGAUUACAUGUCUAAGGAUAUGUAUGAAAGUAAAUACGGCAAACAAAUAUCACUACGGAAACGAACAAAGACACCAAUAGAUAAGAAUCCUCGAUUACAACCAUUACAAAAAUCAUCUGGAGUUCAUCUACUACAUCUAAAUACCCAUCAAUCAACAUUGACAGGGAUGGACCAAGUUUGGCAUCACAAUAAAUCUGAAUCAGACACACGCCUUACAGGGGUGGACCUUAGACCUGGUUGGUUAUCUAGGCCUGGGUCUGUGUUAGACGAUAAUCAGGACUAUUACUCACCACGAGAACCAGGGGAAUUAAGACCUUUAAAAAGUGGAAAGGGCAAACCACACAUCGAUUAUAGGGGCAGGGACAACACAUAAAUGUUCAUCAUAUGUUUUGUAGGAGAGUGAAUGUUCAGCAAGGACAAAUGAUGGAAGAAAGGCUGUUUCAAGUCACCUUUUCAUUGGUUCACUGAAGGGAAUAAAGUCACCUUUUCAUUGGGUCACUGAAGGGAAUAACGUCACCUUUUCAUUGGUUCACUGAAAGAAAUAUUAGUAAGAUCCAAUAAAAUUGUUCUUGUUAAAGCCUGACCCAAUUUACAAAAUUUUAAGAGAAAUAAAACAACCUGAUUCAAAUUUUCAAUAUAAAACCUCACAAAAUUCUUAUGGAAAAUUUUCAAGCUAUCUUUCAUUUGGAUAUGAUCAAGCUGGUUUCCAUUUGGAGAUGGUCAAGCUAUCUUCGGGUUGGGGAUGGUCAAGAUCUAUCUUCCAUUAAGAGAUGGUCAAGCUGUCUUCCAAUGAGAGAUGGUCAAGUUAUUUUCCAUUAGGAAUAUGAUUCAAACAAUCUUAAGUAUUAUGAUACUUUAUUACAAACAACUUAUAUUGAGAUUAUAAAAGAAAGAAUCAAAGUUUUAACAAAAAAUGAGAAAUAUUUGCCUCUUUUUAUGACCUUCAGUUUUUGGACUUGUAACAGCCUUUACUGUAUGAUAGUAUUGAAGUGAUCCUAGACUGAUGUUUGGAGGGAGAAUAUCAUUUCUAUAAUUAAUUAUAUAUUACCAAAGUAUAUUGUAAUAAUAUUGUCAAAUCAAGUGGCUUGAUACAGAUUACAAAAGAAUGUAGGGAAUUGGGAUCCCUACAUAAAUAUGUAACAAAACAGAACACAUCUGGUAUACACUUUUAUAUACAUAUCAAUACUUUUAUAUACUAGUAUUUAUUUUACUACAUUCAAUUUUGAUUUGUAUCAAACAUUUGAUUGAAAUUUGAAAUAUGAUGUCUACAAUUGUCUGCAUACCUGAUGUCAUGACUACCACUUGAACUAAUGUAUCAAUGUAGAGGCUGUCGUUACAUUACAGUGAAGUGGUUGUUUUUGCUCUCUGAUCAAAACCUGAUUGUGACUGUGAGAUGGAGAAAAACAAUUAUAAUGUUGUUCUCUUGCCCAUCAUAGCCAGAAAUGAGUAGUGGUUUUGCUAGUUAAUAUUCAUAAUAUGUAAAUGAGAAUUGUACCACGUGAUAGAAGUUUGAACUUGACUGGCUUGAUAGGCUUGAUAUCAUUAAAAUCUUUGAAACACGGAUAUCAUAAGUUGCCCGUCACAGAGUCCUUAUUUACAAUCACUGAUAUUUCCGUAAAGUUGUCAGGCGGUCAAAAUCAAAACAAUGAACGCGAAUUUAGUGAAUUUUCAAUGCUUUCGUGAGUUUAUUUCUCUUGAAAUAGUGACAUUUUAAUUUUACGUGGGAACCUAAAGUUCAACGACUAUACAUACAAGUUUGGACUUGCUUAUUCUUUGGAAAUUCAAGUUUCAAAUUUCACACCGGCAACCUGUUUUUGUAAAGACCUUGUAAGCCAAUUUUCAACACGAAUUUUGCAAAUUUAACGUUUCAGCCAUUUUAGACUGUAUUUUACACUGCAAUGUUAAAGGCCCCUCGCUUCGAUUAUUAGAAUAGCUCAGGAACCUGUAUUUUUGCAACAGCAGUCAUUAUGUUUCGUUUAAAUGGUGAAUAUUGUUGUGUAUAUUCAUUUUCUGCCCCGGCAACCUGUCUAUCACUUAAAUUAAAAUAAUAACAGACAUUUUUUAAAAAUUCCCUAUCACUUUAAUGUAAUUUCCGUGACCCGUAUCCGAUUUCUUUAGUAUAAUAUUCAAAAAAGCAAAGGGGCGUAGAUUUCUGGAUAUGUGAGAUGUGAUUUAGUGUCAUAAACUUAUACACCGUAUUCUUUUCUUUUUGUUAUCUUAAGAGCAUAACCACUUCAUGAUUUAAAUAAAAGUACAUGUAUCUCCAAAGAAUGAAACUUCAAGUGAUCUUAUACUUAUAAAAUAUCUUAUUUUAUCUUUUUUUUAGUCGCAAAAUCUCCUAAACAAAGAUUAGAAGAAGUGGAGACAUUUUAUUUAAGAUUAUUAAAAGAGAGUUAUUUAAAUAAUGAAAGUGCUAUUUAUGUUGAGCUAUCUGUAGAAUUAGUGAUAAUGUUAUGAAGUGCUCAAAGCCAAAAUCAUCUCUCCUCUUGAUAAAAAAUUGAUUUCAUAAUGUAGUAGUGGAGUUUCAUUAUUCUAACAAUGGAAAAUUUGGAAUAUGUUGAUCCUAGGAUAUGGCCAGGGUUUUGAAGCCUUUAGGUCCAUUUUAUCAACGUUGAACGACAGCAUCUCCAAGCUGUGCUUGUUUUUAAAUCCAAUGAUGUUCGUUUUAAAGAAAUUGUUUUAAUAUAUCAUCAAUUUGUGGCUAUUGAAAUUGAUCUAUUUAAGAACCAAAUUGUGGCCAUUUUGAUAAACAGGUACAUUAUAAAAGUUGAAAUUAUCCCCACAUUGGGUGAUGAUUUGACCAUCAUUAUGACUAUUUUGACCUUAGACAGUUAUUAUGACAGAUCAUCACUGUUUUGACUUAACCCAGCUCCAUAUGGUGAAAUGAUUUUCUGUGACAUGACUAUUAUUGUGACUGUUUUGACCUUACCCAGUUAUUAUGUUGGACCAUCAUGUAUGCAGAUAAUUGAUACAGAUAUAUGAAUUGUGUUCAUUUUAUUUCAUUAUUGCUGCUUUAAAUUGUAUCUUGUGAUAUCUAUACAACAUAUAGAAGUGUUUUGAUAAUAGUACCUAAUAGACAUAUGUGAUAUAGAAUUUAUACAUUUUAUAUUUUGUUUUAUCAUAUCAAGUUGUUGCUUUUAUUUAUUUGUAAAAUGGCCAUGAAUUUUAUUGUUUUAUAAGUUUCCACAUUCUAAUAGACUAGAUCAUAAUUUAAAUGUUUGUAAUUUUUUAAACCAAACUUAGGGACAAACUUUAAGCAGCAUCAUUUUGAAGAUUCACUCCAUAUAUGAAUCAUGUUUGACAUAUUAAUAGUCCCAAAUCAAAUAAUAUUUUCACUAUAGCUGACCAACUUUAAACUUAUUUAAGGUCAUCUGAUGAUGAGGAAAAGUGAUACAAUAUGUUUUGAAACAGUUCACUGCAUACAAGAUCUAAUUGAUUUCAAGGUCAUUCCUGGAAAUAUAUUAAUAUGUAAUGCAAGUCAUUUAUUGUUUCUUUUAAGUUAUGGACUGUUGAGCUUGACAUAUUGUUAAGCCACCUGCCUUGUUGCAGACGGUAUGUUGCUCUCAAGAUGUCAUCCUUGGGAUACUGUCUAAUUAAAACAAUAACCCACAUCUUCAUUUACAUGUUAAUUUACGGUUAAUCUUAUGUUUCAAAGAUUCAUGAUUCAUAUAUGGACAUAUGCUUCUAAAAGACUCUAACUUAACAUUGGUAACAAGCAUUAUAUUUACACACAGUAUACUCAGUUUUGGGAACUUUCAGUAUUAUAAUUUAUAUGUAUGUGAUUCUACCUCAGUUAAAAGGAUCCAUUGCUUUAAUAUUAUCUUAAGACUUAGAACUUAGUGAUAUAGCAUUUUACAACUUAUUUAAAAGGAGAUUAAUCUGAAAAAAAUAUUAUUCUUGAAUGAAUUUAACUCAGGUUCUGAUUCUGUUUCAUAUGAGAUUUUAGUAAUACAUUUCUACAAGUACUUUUUCCUAUAAUUUUAUGUUUUUUACUCAGUUACACAUAUCACUUUAAACCUUGAAACAUCUGUUUACUCUUUCUUACACUUUGACAACUCUAAUAUUUUUUUAGCAUUUUCCAUGUAUUAUCAUUUAUGUUUGUUGAUCUGAUUCUCUAUGUAUAUUAUGGUAAUCUCUAUUUGUAUGACAGUAAAUCUGAUAGUUUUGACUAUUAGUACAACUUUAAGUUUCUAUGUACAGUCAAGAGACUAUAACCUUGAAAAAUAUGUCUUUUCUAGAUUUAUCUAUAUGCUGCAACAUUGUCCCUAUACAAAUGAGUAUACAUUUAAACCGUCCAUAAUUAAAUAUUUAUGUGCCAUUGUUAUAUUAAGGAUGAAAUAAAUAAAUUAAAAUGAUACUAUUUGUU